AUGAAUCAGGCCUUGCCUGAAUUGACUGACAAGCUCGAUGCAGUCCCAGAUGGCGCGAUACCACGCAAAAGCAACCAGAAAGUGGAAGAGGAAGGCUCGGACAGCGACCAGAGUGAGGGGUCCAAAUCAGAGGAUAUUGAUAACUCCUCCUAUGAGGAGGCAGAUUCAAAAGUAGAGGAACCCCGGGACAUGAUCCUUACUAGGCGAUGCCUCAGUGUCUCAAGGAGCGGUCCUUUCCCCAAUGGGGGUGGAGUUGGGACUUUGGGAUCCACAGGGUAA